AUGAAAGAAAUUACGCAAAGAUCGUUCAGCCACGCAUUUUACAUAAAAGCCCCAGAAACAAUGACAAGAAAAACACUAUCUGAUUUAUGGGAUAACUUAAGUACUGACAGCAACGAGGUUAUUCUGCAAACGAAAGUAGGCUUUUUAAUCAAAUCUGACCAAAAUAAACCGAAUAUUAUAGACAAUUUAAAAAACUCAUUGAAACAUAUUUUAAACUACUCUGAAACAAAACCUUCAACUCAGACAUCGGUAUACAAUAGCAAUACAUCAAAAAAUACAUAUAGUGUGGUCAUUGGAUCUGUAGAACACGAUAUAACAGAUGAAGAAUUAAGCUCAUUCCUUAUGAAUUCAAACAUAAAUCACAGAUAUUGUAAAAGAAUAACGUCUAAAGCAAUAAAUAAACCAACAUACAUGAUAAUAAUCAUAUCUGGAUGCCUACAAUCCACAGAAAAAAUAUUAAAUGAAGGUGUAUUUUAUAAACACAAACAUUUUCCAGUGUAUCCUAGUCUGCCACCAGCUCCAAUCCCUCAGCCGUGCUCUCGCUGCCAACAAUUUACACACACAAGAGAAAACUGUACAACCUCAAUUAAAUGUAGCAAGUGUAAUGGACCCCACCAUUUCAGCAAAUGUAACACACAACUUCCACAAAAGUGCGUAGGCUGCGGUGCUGAAGACCACUCUGCAUGGUCUUUGAAAUGCCCAAACCGGCCAACAAAGCUAAUUCAAGGAAUUCCCAACAAUCUCAUAAAAGUGUUAAACAAAAAAUCUAAAGAGAUAGAUAAAAAAUUACCACAAGCAGAAAGAUUAAUUCAAAUAUUACAGUCUAUGAUCACAUUCUUAAUACAUAUAUCAAUAAACUUAAUAAGGAAAAAAAUACACAGAGAGAAGAACUCAUCGGAAAACUUAGAAAAAGAUUUGUUACACAACACAAUAUAG